UCACUGUAAAAGACUCUACAAAAACCACGAAAACCACACACCAUGAGUCUCUCAAUCCUUCAAUGCAACAACAUGGCGGUGGAUGCCCUCCGCCAAGGACAGCUCCAAAAAGCUCACUCCAUCCUGAAGAGUGCUCUGCAAGAGCUCAAGUACCUUCAGCAUAACCAAGCACAACCCCAAGAAGCAACCUCCGCUGCAAGUCCUCUUUUGAUUGAGAGUCUUGCGUUGAAUGGUUACUCCAAUCACAAGACCAUGCGCAGCAAUACCAUCUCUGGUGUCUUUACCUUUUUCAACCGCGCCCUCGUCUUUCGUCUGUCGGCUCCCUUGUCGCCAUCCUCAUCAUCAAGUUGCGACGAGACGGCCAAGAUUGCGCUGGUGGUCAUGUACAACAUGGGCUUGACGUUUCAUAUCUGGUCGCUCCUCAAGGGCGCCUGCUCUACUUCGCAAGCAACGGCACUCGACUUUUACCGCAAUGCCAUGAAUCUGGCAUCCAUGUGCCAACAGUCCCUCCAAGACUCGGUCGCACUCAUGGCCGUGUGCAACAAUCUGGGACACAUUUUCGCGGCGCGGGUAGACCACCAAGGGUCCUCUGCCUGCCUCUCCAUGCUGCAUCGGUUUGUGCAACGAUUAUCUUCAUCGACACCGAGCAUUACGGAAGAAGACCUCUGCUUUUUCCAAACGACCGCCUUUGUCUUUCCAGCCUAUCAAGAGUGCGCCGCUCCGGCAGCCUAA